GAGAAAUUCCAAAAUGGCGAUAGUGCGUCCGUUGCAACCAAAAUGAAAAUCGCAUGUUUGUCGUGUAACCGUCUCUUGUUUUAAGUUUGUGGAUUUUUGUAUGGUAAUAUGGCCGUAGCACAGGAAACCAGGCUCCAACACAGUUUGAAGAUGGAGCCUGGUAUUGAGCGUCCAGGGAGCGCCCUGACACGUGGAGUACAGAUAACAGAAUUCAAUGAUUCGAGAGUAAACCCGGAGCCCAUUGUACUAGAGGAGACUGAUUUACUGCUGGAACAGUUCCUGUCACCAAGAAAACUUAUGUUGCUGACGGGCGUUGACAACCUGGAUGACAUUCACCAGCUUGAGAUGAAGGUGAACACAACAGACACGAGUCUUGGAAAUUUUGGUCAGCUGCUUCACAACCUCAGGCAGCUAAAGGUGUCCAACAGCACCAUACCUAAAAUCAGGGAUCUUGGUUCAUCCCUACGGAGCCUGCAUGUGUUGUGGGCGUCCCGUUGUGCCCUGCAGGAGCUAGACGGGAUUUCGUCUAUAAUUGGUCUGCGAGAACUCUACCUCUCCUACAACGAGAUAUCUGACAUCAGUCCUGUCAGCAUGCUUGAGCACAUUGAAAUCCUGGAUGUGGAGGGGAACAACCUAGAUGAUAUAGUGCAGGUACAGCACUUGGCCAUCUGCAGCCGGUUGACCAACCUCACUCUGGAUGGCAACCCAUUGUGUAAUCAACCAACACCUGCAGAGUUCAUUGAGGAAUACGAUUACCGGCAGGAGGUGAAGAAAGCUAUACCCCACCUGAAGACCCUUGAUGAUGAGCCACUCAUAGAUGGGGUGGGAUCCUUCCUCAAACAUAACGUGUUUGAUGCAGACUGGGCAUACCUCGAGGAGCUACAGAGAGAUAUCACACUACAAGAUGAUUCAGAUUCUGUUGUAUCAGAUUCUAGUCGGCCACCCAGUGGUAACCGGCCAAGUACAGCAGCCUUGAAGCCCAACACAGGGUUCCGGCCUGGGUCAGCCCUGAGGCCAUCCUCGGGGUUCCGACCAAUGACAGCAGGCACACGACCAGCCUCCACAGGACACAGGCCAGCCACAGCUAUAGGAGGCAUGAGGCCCAGCUCAGGCUCUGGCAGGCCAGGGUCAGGAAGCAAAGCGGAGAUUGCAGACACAGGAGAUGCCAGUGACCUGACCCUUGGGCGUGUGAUCUGUGGGAACCCCUCAAAGGCUCUCCUGUCCCGAAGGAGACUCAACCCCGAUGCUGCUGGAGAACUUGAGGGGCAGGAACAGGAUAUAAAGUUUGAACCUAAGAUAAUGCAAGAGCUCAAACAGUUCCAGCAUAGAGCAGAGCACACAUACGACACUCUGCAGGAGGAGGAGAGAGACCAUUCUGAGAUUGUUGAUGAACUCAAGGCAUGGAAGCAACAACAUGAAAAGAGGAUGGAAAUUAUCCGUCAGAGCAAGGCUCCCCAGGUGUUGCGUAUUGAUUAUGAUCAAGCUGAUGAUGCCAUCAGUCUCUCCGGUGACUCAGAUGUAGAUUCAGACACAGAAGAGUUGUCUCCCAUGCGAGACAGUGAUACAGAGACGAUCCACCGCGUUCAGGACGAGAACAUCGGCACUGAGGGAGACCAAAAUUGUAAAGUCUUGCCUUCAGUUUCAAGCUUUGUACCGGUGUCAGUGUCACCAAAUGAGUCCUUAGACACGCCAGUUACAACAAAACCAAGAUACAGUGACUCCAGUAAACCAAUUAAAAACAAAGUGCGAAGAAAUGUAUCAGAAGAGGAGGAAAGUGACUCUUUACUUAGAUCAAGUGUACAAAAACCCUUUAAAAUAUCUGACCUAGCUAGCAGGCAGAGAGCUGUGAUACCUCCUCCCAGUCAACGGGACGUUGUACGUAAACACAUAGACACUAGCAGCCAAGUGAGGGCUCAGAGCCCCCUAGGCAGUCUGUUGUCGCCUGCUCAAGGACCGAUGAGAGCUGAGGCGCGUGGAAAUGGGGCAAUCAGAGUGAACAACACGGGGCUUCCCCCUGCACCCUCAUCAGGUGUUCCUAUUAUCAGCAAGAUGAAAAGGGAAGAGGGUGCUAACCCAGUCAUUAAGAGUGGCUCAUAUGAACGGGCAGUGCCCCUAAACCAGCGCCCGUCUACAGCCCGUGCAGCGCUGGGCAUGCGAAGAUCUCUGCCCACUGUCCCCUCCCUACCAUCCAAACCUGCACCACCCAAGUCCUGAAGCCCUCAACCACUGUUGCAGUGACUCGCAUCAUCAGCUGAGGGAACCUGGACCAGAAAUACCAAAACCAUGACCAUGCUUGCUUGUAAUGGAUGAGAUUUGGUGCAGUUAACAUAGCUCUACAUGAGAAUGGCAUUAUUGAUUGCCUCAAGAGGUGUUCAAUAAUCACCCAUUGGAAUUUAAGAUAUAUUGUAUGUGUUUUUUCUAAAACUUUUGAAGCUGGCUUUUAUCUGACGAAAUUAGUAGAUGUUUACUUCUAAUAAGUAUGCGACUCUGUGCAUGUACACUUUCAAUCGUACCAUACAUACUUUUUUGUUUCACUUAGAAAUCAAUUGAAAAAACAGGAUUUAAAAUCUGAAUGUAUCAAAAAAAAUUAAGUGAUUAUGUCUGAGCAUUCCUUUUUUAUUUUAUUUUGACUGUGAUAUUUAACUCACACUUUGACUGAUAAGCUGCCAUUUGCUUCAAGUUAUGGAUAUUGGAUAUGCAUUUGUAGAGUAGAAAUAUUAACAGGGUGUUUUAAAUUAAAUGAUUAUUCCCUUAUAGGACUUGUUCCAUGUUUGCCAUUUAUUAAGCUGUCUUCAGAAUUCCGGUAAUUUUCACAAUAUAGGUAGUAGAACAAAACUGGUGAUAAGUAUUUUACAAAUCCUGAGUAUUAUGUGUUCAUUUUUAACAAAAAAAUCAUGGUGAAUAUUUUUCUACUGUUUGUGUGUGGCAGUUUGUUGCAUGGUAGUGGCUUUAGUGAAAACUAGAACGACUUUGAUAUCAUAAUGCCCCUUUGUUUCACUAACUCCCCACCCAGUAUUAACUCUUCCUUCGUUUUCACCAUUUGUGUCAUUAUCAUAUAAUUGUUAAUGAAUUUUGUUAAGUUUGUGCUCACUUUUUAUGUAUUUUAUCAACGUCUGCUGAUGAUAAUGAAGUAGUGUGCUGCUGAAAAUACUUAUACACACCAAUUGUUUACAUGUAUUUGCUUUAAUAGUUGUGGCGUGCUAUACAAUGUAAAAGGUUUCAUCUUACUUUUCUAUUUUUCUGGUACUUGGUCGUUAUCACUUAUAACUACACAUUGUGACUGGUUUUGUUCAUGCAAUGACAACAAAACGUUGAAUUGAAGAGGCAGUAAAGAGGGAACUUGUUUUUAUUGGUCUAGUUCACAUAUAAGUGAUUUUCAGUUGUGUUAUCAUGUCCGGCAUUUAUUUGCAAAAAAAAACAAGCAAUUGUUAUUGCUUCACAUUAUUUUACACAUUUUUUUUCUCAAUUAAAUGGUUGACGCCAUUGCACUAAGCUGUCAAUUUAAUACUUUCAUCAUUAUCAUUUCUGAGAGGAAAAUUUAUAUGAAGACAGCGAAAGCCUGCUUGCAGUGGUUGGGUACUUCUUCAUAUUAGCUUUGGCAAAUUAACUGAUGUACAGUUCUAGGACAAAUUGUUUAAAUAAAAUGCACGUAUCUGCUGCGUAAUUAUUUCUGGUCUGUAUGACAAUGCUUUACAAAAAGAAAAUUUAAGAAUAUGUCUAAAUAAAUGUUCAACAUUAAUAAAUGUUCAACAUUUUAAAAUUUCUUUGUGGUAUGUGAUUUAUUUAUUGUAAAUAAAAAUUAUUUAUUUG